AUGCUUACUAUACCUAAUCACAAGAAAAAUGAAUUUUCUUCGACAGAAGUACGAGGAAAAGUGGAGUUACAUUACGCAUUCGCGAUCAGCUUAGGUUUAAACGAUGUGAGAGUUCAUUGUUUGCAGACCAUUUUGCCGUUAACUGUGGUUGGUUUGCUAAGCUUAUCAACAGUCACACCGGACAGCGCAGGAAUCGUGGAAAUGGUGAAUGGAUUGGCGUACGGUGGGAUCCCAUACGGAAGCGUAACUGGCAUGGUGUCCAAGUAUCCAGGAUUUAUGAGACAACAAAUCAACACACUCCAAGCUCGACCAUUAGGUGGAUUCAAUUCUGCUCGACCAGUGGUUGUUAAUCCAAAUUUCAGAAGCACAGUACAAGGAGUACAACCACAAACCGUGCAAAUUUACAAUCUUCCACGUAUCGUUGGCAAUAUUGGUCACUUACGAUAUUAA